AUGGAUAAGAAAGAAGACUCCUCUGACGCCAGUCUGUAUGACAUGUUUAGCGGUCAAAGCGACGGACCAUCAAAGACACGUAUAUGGCUACUUUCACAGAUGAGAGAUCGGCUUGAUCAUCCCCCGGAUGCCGAGCCACUGCGGAAGCAAUGGGCCUUCGCCAUGGUGGCAGCCUCAUCGACGGCGAGGCUUUUGGGGAAAUUUGGCGAAGCUGAAGAAAUGGCAAAAGAAGCCAAACAGACGCUCGAGGUUUUAGUCGGAGACGACUGCUACGAGACAACAACGGCCACUGAACAAGUAGCAGAGGCGUACUUUGCCCAGGGACGCUACGAUCAAGCUGCAAUUCUCCAAACUGAUGUCCUCAAGAAACGAGAGAAUCUACUUGAGGAGGAUCAUUUAGAGACUUUAAGCAUAAAAGCAGCAUUAGCCCGGACAAUCUGGCACCAAGGUCUUUACAGUGAAGCAAGAGACCUUGAGUUUCAAUUGAUGCAAACUUCUAAAGCAAAACAUGGCAAAAAUCACCCUUUCACAAUAAAGAUUAAAGGCAACCUGGCGGAUACAUACUCCUGCGAAGGCCACUGGCAAAAUGCGGAGAAACUUCAGCUUGAAGUUUUGGAAUGGUGUAGAGAGCACUUGGGCCAAAAUCACCCGAAGACUUUGCAUGCCAUGUUUGGUCUGUCAAAAACAUACCGCAAGAAGGGUCAAUUGAGGGCAGCCGAAGAGCUUCAAUCGUGGGUACUUAGCCUCAGAAGAACGAUUCUUGGCUCAAAGCACCUUGAUACAUUAGCCACCAUGGAUGAUUUGGCAUUGACAUACUUGGAUCAAUGCCGUUGGAAGGAAGCAGAAUGGUUACUCUCUCAGGUAUCGGAGAUAAGGAAAAGAGAGUUGGAUAGAAGUCCAACCAUACUAGCCAGUGAAAGUGCUCUGGCAAUAGCAUACAAGAACCAGGGACGUCUCAAAGAGGCUGAGGACUUGGAAUCUGAAGCUCUCAACUCAACAAGAAUGAUAUAUGGAGAAAACCAUCGCCAAACCUUUGGAUGCAUGUCAAACUUAGCAGCAACCUACUUCAACCAAGGACGCUUCAAUAAAGCGGAGGCCCUCCUUGGAGAGGCUCUAGAGAUUGGGCAGAAGGCUUUCGGAAAGUAUCAUCCGCGUACGAUGACCAUCUUAUUUCACCAUGCUCGGGCUGUUUGGAGCCAAAAUCGAGAUGAGGAGGGUGAAGCAUUGAUGCUGCAAGCAGCGGAAAUGCAGAUCAAGAGCCUCGGGGAGAAUCACCCCGUGACCUUGAACACUAUGGAACUAAUAGUGGAUAGGUACGGAGACCAACAACGCUUCAGGGAAGCAGAGCCGAUAUUGCUGAAAGUUAUUGAGUCGAAAAAGAAAGCGCUGGGAGCGGGGAAUCCAAGCACAUUAGAUGUGAUGGCCAAGUUAGCUAGGUUAUACCACAGACAGGAGCGUUUGGAAGAAGCAGAGAAGCUGGAAGUGCAGAUUAUGAGAGAGAGUCAACUGGCACUGGGGCCCAAUCACCCAAUGACAUUAUCACUCAUGAACAAACUAUAUCAUGUAAUACAUGGAAGAAACUGGGGCGAGAGAUUGAUGCACUCUCCCUCUUGA